AUGUGCCAUACAUGAGAUGUACGAAGCAGGAAUGCUGCCAAUGAGUUAUCUACUCGGAGACAGUGCGUAUGCUCUGUCUCCUCUCAUGAUGACACCAAUCCUGCACCCGAUCACUGCAGAAGAAGAAGCCUAUUCUGAGAGCCAAAGGAAAACCAGGAGUGUUGUUGAACAGGCACUUGGUGUAACUAAAGGCAGAUUCAGAUGUAUGCACAAGAAUGGUGGCCAUCUCUGGUACACCCCAGAGAUGUGUGGGAGAAUCAUCAUAGUCUGUUGUAUCCUGCACAAUUUUUGUCAGGAAAACAACGACCCGCACCAUGAGGAUGAAGAUCCUGACAUUGAUGCAAGUGUUCAUGACAAUGUGUGUUUGUUGGUCCUGUACUUUCCUCUGGUCUCAGGACCAGGGAAGAAAUAAUCAGGAACUUCUUUACACAUUAGUCAUGUACACCUGCCUCGAUGUCAGGAUCUUCAACUCAGCAGCCACAUGAAUCUGCCUUAUGGUACACCAAGAGCCUUUUCAACAACACUUCUGUAUUUUGAC